UUCAGUACAGAUUUUGUUAAAAGCGCAACGAAAUAGAUCUGCAACCAAAAAAGAAAUUACAAUUUGCGUUUGUUUCUUGAGUGAAAUAACAGUUCAAAAUAAUUAACAAUGAAUUUUUCAAGUGCCAUACAAAUAUUAAGCAUCUUAUCUUUAAUCGUAGUAAUUAAAUCAUUCCCGGACGGUGCUCCUUCUGAUACUUGUGUUAAGAAACGUCCGAAUCAACCAAAUCAUGGCCAAGCCAGACCCCAACCGUUUGAUAAAAAUCCCUACGAAGUAGUGGCCAGUUCAGAAACUUUUCAUCCUGGUCAAGAAGUAACAGUGGUAAUUUAUCCGCAUGGCAAACAAGAGUUGUUCCGUGGCUUUUUCCUUCAGGCACGCGAUGCUAAUUCUAACGAAUGGAUUGGGGAGUGGCAACGCAGUGAGAAUACAAACACUAUACCAGAAUGUUCGGCCAUAACACACGGUGACAAUCGCGACAAGCUGGCAGCGAAACUUAUAUGGAAAGCUCCACAGAACAAGCGUGGACGAGUUUAUUUUACUGGCACAGUUUUAAAGAGUUAUGGGACUUUCUGGAGCGAUAUUAUUGGCAAAGUUCAGAAACAUCAAUAAUAUUUAUAAUAAAUUUUUUUUAAUGCUAAUACACAUUUUUAAAAUUAUAUAUUCUAUAUUACUGUAUUAAAUUAAUACGAACUAA